AUGUCUGUCUUCAAUUGUUCUGCCCUAUAUCCUCACUUCUUCCUGACAGGCUUCCCAGGCCUUGAAAGCAGAUAUGGCUUGAUUUCGCUCCCCAUCUUCUUAGUUUAUGCUACUUCAAUUGCAGGAAACAUUACCAUUCUGUUCAUCAUCAGAACUGAGUUUUCCCUCCACCAACCAAUGUACUACUUUCUGUCCAUGCUGGCACUCACUGACCUGGGCCUAUCCACUACAACCUUACCUACCAUGUUGAGUGUCUUUUGGUUCCAUGCUCGGGAGAUUCCUUUCAAUGCUUGUCUGGUUCAGAUGUACUUCAUUCAUGUUUUCUCAAUAAUUGAGUCUGCUGUGCUGUUGGCCAUGGCCUUUGACCGCUAUGUGGCAAUUCGAGAACCUUUGCGCUAUGUAGCCAUUCUAACCAAUGGUGUAAUUUUUGGGAUUGGGUUGGCAAUUGCUGGAAGGGCCUUAGCCCUUGUCUUCCCAGCAUCCUUCCUACUGAAGAGGCUUCAAUAUCGUGCUGUAAAUAUUCUCUCCUACCCCUUCUGCCUGCAUCAGGACCUCAUUAAAACAACUGUAUCCAGCCAUAGGGUCAGCAGCAUCUAUGGCCUCAUGGUGGUCAUCUGGUCCAUGGGACUUGAUUCAGUGUUUCUUCUCUUCUCCUAUCUCCUCAUCUUGGGCACGGUGUUGAGUAUAGCCUCCAAGGCAGAGAGAAUGAAAGCCCUCAAUACUUGCAUUUCCCACAUCUGUGCAGUGCUUACCUUCUAUACACCAAUGAUUGGGCUAUCUAUGAUCCGUCGCUAUGGGCAGAAUGCUUCCCCAAUUGUCCAUGUGCUCAUGGCUAAUGUAUACUUGCUGGUCCCACCUCUCAUGAACCCUAUUGUCUACAGUGUUAAGACCAAGCAGAUUCGUGACAGAAUCCUCAAGAAAUUUAAGAAACUCAAAGUUUAG